AUGAGGGGUCCUCGGCCCUCUCGGAAGGCGCAGUUCUGCGAGUGCCGGGAGCGGGAGGUCCGGGCCCCCGAGGUCAGCGCGGCCCUGAGCCGAAGCCAGCGCGGCGCGCCCGCCAUUGCUUGGAGGCUUUCGUCAGAGCCCGGCUGGCGCCGGCGGCUGCUCCAACCCCAGGGGCCCCGUCACUGGACGUCAUUGGCUCAGGCAUCAGGGCCCUCAUCACCCUCUCCCGCCUGGGUCCGGACGGGCAGCGGCGGCGGCGGUGUCGUCGUCAGGGGGCGGAGCCGGCCUGGGCGCCCUUUGUCUGUGGAGGAGGUAAUGCCUUCUCAGAAUGCUGUACUUUCCCAGGAGGGAAACAUGGAGAAGGAAAUGAAUGUUGGAUCACAGAUACAGCGGUCUCAGGAAUCACUGACAUUCCAGGACGUGGCUGUGGAAUUCACCAGAGAGGAGUGGGACCAGCUAUACCCUGCUCAGAAGAACCUCUACCGAGACGUGAUGCUGGAGAACUAUAGGAACCUGGUUGCACUGGGGCAUCAACUUCAUAAGCCAGAGGUGAUCACUCAGUUGGAGCAGGAGGAGCAGUGGAUGAUGGAGAGAGACAGCCCACCAGACACUCAUCCAGAUGGGGAGAAUAGUCCAGAAAUAAAAAAAUCAAACCAGAAUAUUUCUGAUGAAAAUAAAACCUGUGACAUGCUAAUGGAGAGAUUAACAGGAGACAGUUUCUGGUAUUCCAUCUUAGGUGGACUCUGGGAUUUUGAUUACCGGCUAGAAUCUAACCAAGAAAACCAGCAGAGACAUUUAGGACAAGUAUCUUUCACCCAGAAAAAGAUCACACAGGAGAGAAGCCUUGAAUGUAAUAGAUUUGGGGAAAACUAUAAUCUGAACUCAAAUCUUGUUAUGCAUCAGAGAAUUCCUUCAAUUAAAAUACCCGUUAAUUCUGACACACAAGGAAAUAGCAUCAAGCAUAUUUCAGACUUCACUUACUAUCAGGGAAACUAUGUAAGAGAGAAUCCUUAUGAAUAUAAUGAGUGUGGAAAAAUCUUCAAUCAACAUAUUCUUCUUACUACUCAUAUUCAUACUGAGGGGAAACCCAGUGAGUGUGGGAAGGCCUUCAGCCAAAACUCAUCUCUUACUCAACCUCAGAUAGUACUCACAGGAGAGAAGCCCUAUAAGUGUGAUGAAUGUGGGAAAAGAUUCAGCCAGAGGAUACAUCUUAUUCAACAUCAGAGAAUUCACACAGGAGAAAAACCUUUUAUAUGCAAUGAAUGUGGGAAAGCCUUCCGUCAACAUUCAUCCUUUACUCAACAUCUGAGAAUUCAUACUGGAGAGAAGCCCUAUAAAUGUAAUCAGUGUGGUAAAGCCUUUAGCCGUAUCACAUCCCUUACGGAACAUCAUAGACUUCAUACUGGAGAGAAACCUUAUGAAUGUAGUUUUUGUGGGAAAGCCUUCAGCCAAAGGACACAUCUUAAUCAGCAUGAGCGAACUCAUACAGGAGAGAAACCCUAUAAAUGUAAUGAAUGUGAAAAAGCCUUCAGCCAGAGUGCACACCUUAAUCAACAUAGGAAAAUCCAUACUCGGAAGAAAUUAUGUGAAUAUAAUAAAUGUGAGAAAACCUUAAGCCACAGUCCUUCACUUACUCCUCAGCACAUAACUCAGAAUUUUUAG